AUGGGCGGAGCCACUGGAUGGAGCUACAAGAAGAACGAAGAAGACGCGCGAAGGGGUCAGAAUAGUGGGCGGAGCCUGCUGCUGCUGCCCCUGCCAACGUCGAUGAGGACGGAGGCAGCAGACGCACGCUCUCUCAGUGACUCUGACUGCCUCGCCUCUCCCCGUCAGCCGUUCUCUCUCCGUACCGCCUGAUUCCCUGACCCUCCCUCCCUCUCUCCCUGCGCGGUCGUCCUCCUCCUUCUCCUAGUCGUUUGCCAAUAUCUUCCUCCGUGCUGCUGCUCCUACUUCUGCUGCUGUCGCUUUUAUUUAUAUAUAUUUUUUUCGCCUUCUGAUCAAUUCCGGUAGGUAACCAAUACUCGCUACUGGCACGUCAAAGCGGUGGGUGAUCUGUCGUUUAUAUGAUCAAAUCACAGCCAGCUUUGAUGUGCUGUAUGCGACGUCAGCCAUGUGAUUUUUUUGAUUGGAGGUUCUUACCUGUUAUAGGUAAAAGAAUGGGUCUUUCUUGAGGCUAUAGAUUUUUCUUAUAUUUGAAAGAGGGCUUCAGUGUUCUGAUUUCGGCUAGAGCUUGUGAGGUUCAGUCGUAACUUGAUUGAAAAUCGACAUCAUGAGGUUUCUCGUCUUGGUGCGAUUGUUUGAUAUCCUCUGAAGCUUACUGUAGCUUUCUUUCUAGUGCUUAUAUUUUUAAGAGGAAAAAACUGGAGAUUGAGCCUAGAAAAAAGGAAAUGCAAGGCUCUCUUUGUCGACUUGGAGGCAUUUUGUCUAACUUGAUCGCAUUCCGGUUCUAAAAAUUGUUCAAUCAGUUCCUUACAAGCUUAGUGGAAAUUCUAAAAAGCUUAUUACGGACUUAUAUCAAAGUUGGACCAAAAAUAGGAGAUCAUGAUUUGGAUAGACCCUUCGCGUAUGCACCGAGAAGGAUCUGGAACAUUUGGAUUCAUGUAUAAUUUACAAGGUUGCGAUCCUUGUAACCUCAUAACUUUUAAAAUUUUCUUUGAGAGAAGUUCCAAUUUUGAAGUUCAAGACCACUAGAACGGUGGAUUCACUCUGCUUCAGAACUGUCAGUUUUUCGCAAUUUUCCAAAGACUCCCGUUGAUGGAACCCUUUCUGAGUAUCUCUAGUAUUGAUCAGGGCAACAUGUGUUGGGUUGGCGUCGAAAGGAAGAGUGAGGUAUAGGAAAGGCGGAGUGUAAAAACUGGACGACGGGGCAGCUGUCGUUGCGGCAGAACAUCGACUCAUUGUAACAGCAGCAGCAGCAGGAGGACAACUGGCGCCGGUCGUACGCCAGCAGAUCUCUCUUUUUUUCUUUGUUUCCUGAGCGUGCGAGAGAUGGUUAUCUCUUGGGUUGCGGACAGAGAUUUGGAUGUUUUCAAAACUUGACUUGAAUUGAUCAGAUCUUCGGUUGGUCUGAAGAUGUUCAUUGGGAAUAAGAAACUUCUGAUGUUUUUGGGAGGAUUUUCCUGACUUUCUUGUUCCCUGAGGCUAUCUUUUGGAUUACAGAGAACAAAUUGGAAGGUUAUGAAAUCUUUAGUUUUUUUUUUCAAGGAAAAAAGAUUGCUUAUUUUAAAUAAAAUUGACUUUUGAAAGCCGGUUUCGGUCAAAAAGAAGUAGAAGUCAAACUCUACACUUCCUUGAGGAUGGGAUGUUGAUUUUUCAAAGACAUUUUCUUCAAACCGAAAAAUUUUGUCCGGUUUGAAGAGCUCUGCAAACUUUAGUGUAGUUCCUUGACUCUUCGAAAAAAAAUAUUGGCGUCAGAAAGCUCUUCGAGGGCUUCUAGAUUAUCUGACAAGAAGCCUGGUUUCGAAUUCGUCAAGUUUUUUACUUUUUGAACUCUCAAGGUCGUUCAGCGCCUACAGAGUUUUAAAAUUACAGAUUUUUUUUGAUAGUUGAAGGCUUUUCCUCAAGUUAAACCGCUAUUUCCUAGUUUUUAACAUUUUUAUCAGCUUCCGAAAGAGUUUUGAGCCAUUUAUAGACCUUUCCAAGUUUCCAAGCUUUCCAGGGCUCUCGUAUGUUUUUGAGAUUCUCAAAUUUUAACAUUUUUAUCAGUCUUUGAAAAGAAUUAAUGAUGAUUCGGCUCUUUUGAGGGAUUUUUAAGUCAAUAUGUGAAUUUCUUUGUCGCAUGGAAAGUUUUGUGUUAUCUUCUGUGAUUUUUCUGUCGUUUAAUAAAGAUUUUCAAUGUGUCUGUGUCUUUUUCCAAGUUCAGAAAGAAGAAGAAAAGCCAAGGAUUGCAUUUGAAGUCAUGGAAAAUGUUGAAAAUGAGAAAAUAAUCAUUUUCAGACUCUUACCCAAUUAAUCGUCUGGGAUGCCGUUUCGGACCGCGAUUGGAUCUAUCACAACUAUUUGCCGCGCUACUCGAUGAUCCUCAACGAUUCGAUCAUUCAUGCCAGAAAAGUUGGUAGCAAGAUUUUUAGAGGCAAAAUUCGGGAUAUUUUUGAAAAUUGGGUGUAGAUUUGUUGUAGGAAGCUUUUUAUUCCAUUCUUUGAAGAAAUAGGUUUGAAAAAAAUCGACUUUAAUGACGAUGGUCGCAUAGAGAAUGGCUCAAAAAGUAAUGGCUGAACCGCAUCGCGUCCGCGACGCUUCAAACCAUUCCAAAUGCGACCAGAAAAUUUUUUGUUCAAAAAAAUAACUAGGAAUGAUUAGUUUUUGAACGAUUCGAGAUGAUAAUUUAAAGGAGCAUGGCUAAGAUAAUCAGUGAAGUAUUGACGCGAACGGCUUUUUUUUGGGUUUUAAUCCUUAAAAUUUCGAGUUAUAAGCUAUAGCCAAACUCUUUGAAUCAUUAAUAACGGUCCCACGGAAAAAUACAGGAUUUUCAGGCCGGAGUUCGUUAGGGCGCACUUGAAAAGUAUAAAAGGCCGUUGGAAAAAAAAUUGCGCUUUAUCUGAUUUUUCUCAAUUUUCUGCCCAGAAGCCUUCUAAAAGGGUCAGAAAUUUGUUUAAAAAAAUCUCAACAAUUUAUCAAGAAAUGGCACAGUUCAUUAGAGCGCAUUUAACAAGUCAAGGACAAGUUUAUAUUCCCAAAAUGUCCCUUUUUUUCAAAAUUUAUGGCCUGAAAUUGUCUCCCACGCCUUUUUCCAUCCCACUGCACCUUCGAUUCCGUUCCCACGACUCGACAGUUUCGGAUUUUUUUUUUCCCACCAUACAAAGACCCACCGACAUUUUUGGGUUCUCACGUUCCGAUGACAACGAAAAAAGAAAAAAAAAAUGUUGGCAGUUUUCCAAAAACUUGGAUGUUUGAACUUUUGUGGUGGGAUUUUUUUGUUAGGCAGUUUAUGACCUGGAAAUGUUUGAAUAGGUAACACUGAACUUUUUUUCUUUAUAAUUGAGAGUUCUGUGAAGUUUGACAAGGCAGUUAGUGAACUAUAUUUCAAAAAUCCCUGAUUUUUUGACCCCUGAUUUUUUCCCUGAUCUUUUGACCACUGUCGUUUAAAAUUGCUUCAGUUAGCCUCUUCAAAAAUAAGAUUUAUGAUUUUUUGGGACCAAGGGAAGGUUCUGAAGUACCUUUAGAAUUUACUAAAGCAAAAAAGCUUCAAGUUCAGCUUUACCUCCUUUUUCCACUUCAAAACGUCUCUAGGAAGAUUUUGUAGCCUUUUUUUUCAAAGCUAGGCUAUUUUCAAGUACAAAUCUUGGAGGAACGGAUAAUCGUGAGAAAUGAUAUGAGGAGACUCUUUUCUCUUCCUCGCCAGGUUUCCUGAUUUCCUGAUUUCUGUUUGAUUUCGGCUUCUUCUCUCGAAGAUCCUUCAAAAACUCCUCUCACACACACUCGCGAGGGGGGAGGCCACAACCCAUCCAUCGAUUUGCGCACACGCUCUCGGGUUUUUUUUUCCUUCUUUCUUUUCUUCGCCUCCUCCUCCUCGUUCUCUUGGCAGCCGUUUGGCUCGUCUAGCUCGCUUGUGUAUAUUUGUUGCCAACGGAACGUGAGAAGGGAUCGGCGUGUCUUUGUAUGGUGCAAAUGGCUGGGAAAAAGAAGGGUUUCGAAACUGUGAAGACGUGGGAACGAAAGGUGCAGUAGAAGAAAGCGUGGGAGAAAACGAAAAAUUUGAGAAAAAUGGACGCUUCUGAAGUAUAGUCCAUUCAUUAGCUUGUUAAUUUCAAGAAUUUUGAAAAGUAUAGUCCCAUUUUUCUAAGAAGUAUAGUACAUUUCGAGAAGUAUAGUCCAUUCAUUAGCUUCUUAAUUUAAAGGAAUAACUUUUUUUCGGCGUGUUUUUUUAUAUGGUAAAAAAAUCAUUGCGGACCGAAAAAUUCCGAAACUUUGAAAAAUCUGGGGAAAGAAAGGUGUAAGCAGCUGGAUGAAAAAAUUCGUGGGAAGGCCGAAAAUCGAGAAAAUGUCGACGAUUCUGAAGUAUAGUUCAUUCAUAAGCUCCUUGAUUUCAAUAAUUUCUCUUUUAGGCGUGUCUCUGUAUGGUAAAAAUGACUUAGGACUGAAAAUUUUGAAACUUUGAAAACCUAGGAAAAGAAAGAUAUGAGCAGCUGGAAUGAAAAAAUUCGUGGGAAGAUCAAAAUUUAGAAACAUUGGACAGUUAUGAAGUAUAGUCCAUUCAUUAGCUUCUUAAUUAUAAGGCUUUUUUUGUUUGGUGUGUCUCUGUAUGGUAAAAAUGACUUAGGACUGAAAAUUUCCCAAACUUUGAAAACCUUUGAAAAUCUGGGAAAAUGAAGGUGUGAGCAGCUGGGAUGAAAAAAGUCGUACGAAGGCUGAAAGUUGAAAAAAUUUUGACAAUUCUGAAACAUAGUCCAUUCAUGGGCUUGUUAGCAGCGUCAAGUGCGCUCUGGCGAAGUUUAUCAAAAAUUCUAGUUCAAAAAAUCCUAAAUCGUGACCCAGAAAGCGGGCUAAAGGAAGGUUUCUGGCUCAUUUUGAGAGAUUUGUGAUGAAAAUUAGAGAACUAGAGAACCCUCAAUGAAAAUUUGGUUUAAAUAAUGUUUGCACUGUCUUUCUAGAGUAACUUUUGAAUCUUUAAAGUUGAUAAUUUUGAGAUGGAACCUUUUUUUUCAAUUUCACAGCUUCAUUCGGAACGUUCUUCCAUUUUUUUCUAAGUUCACUUUAAUUUUAGGAGAACUUCUUAGUUUAGAUUUCCAACUGUACGAAUAUUGUUUAAUGCAAAACUUGACUUAAGAUUAUUUUCUAUUUUGAAAACGUUAAGGGAUUAGCUUGUUUUUGAACGCGAUGGAGAUUUUUCUCAGCUUUACGAUUUAUUUUCUUCUUCCCAAUACUCAUUAUUUUUUGCUUCACGCUCCAUUCAAGCCUCCCAUUGUACUCUUUUCUUUUAUUCUGAAGAGCUGGAAGAGAUUUUUUCUCCCCGUCUUUUUCUCGCUCUCUUAUUUUGAUGUGAAAGAACUUCCUGGAACUGGGAAGGAUUAUGGUGUGUCAUGUGCGUUUUGUGCGCUCUGAGUGGAGAUUUCCUGGGAUUGGAUAAUUGGAAUAGAAAAGAGUCACGCGUUUGAACCAUUACAGAGAUCGAGAUUGAGCCAAUUUUGUUAAAAAUAAGUGGAAAAAAGGCCGUUAUUCAUUGGGAUUUUGCGCUCUGUGGAUAAAUCCGAAAUGGUUCAUCUCUGCAAGGAAUUAUUGAAAUGGAAGAAGUUGAAAAAUACCCAGUUUUAUUGAAAAAAUUCAGCUCUACGGAUAAUCCCAGAAAGAUCCGUUUUUGAACUAGUUAGCACCAAAAUUUUGACAGAGAUCGAGGUCGAGCUAAUUAUGUUAAAAAUGAGAAGAAAAAUAGGUAAAAUGAGAAAAAGGCGGUUUUUUAUUGGGAUUUUGCGCCCUAUGGACAAAUUCAAGAUAGCUCUUCUCUGCUGGAAUAUAGUGAAACGGAAAAUUUUGGAAAAUAGCCAGUUUAAUUGUAGAAAUUGAGCUCUACGGGCAAUCCCAGCAAGGUCAGUUUUUGAACUAAAGUUUCGUUAUAUGACAAAAAAUAGCCAACUUUUUUCUGGAACUUGCGCUCCAUGGAGAAACCUUUGAAGUCAUUUUGAACUUAUCUUCAUAAAUUUCUAGACUAGAAACGAAGUUUGGAGAAGUUUUUCUUAUCUAGUUUGGUCUACUAUAAUUUAUUCAAAAAAAGCCGUGAUAGCCAACUUUUUUCUGGAAUUUGCGCUCCAUGGAGAAGCAUUUGAAGUUAGUUUUGAACUUAUCUUCAAGAAUUUCAUGAAUUUAUAGAUCAGAAAAAAAGAAUUUGAAGUAAUUAUUCUUAUCUAGCUCGCUCCACUAUAUUUUACUCAAAAAAAGCCGUGAUAGCCAGCCUUUCACUGGAAUUUGCGCUCCAUGGAGAAGCAUUUGAAGCUAGUUUUGAACUUAUCUUCAUGAAUUUCAUGAAUUUCUAGAUCAGAAAAGGAGUUUGAAGAAUUUUUUUAUCCAGUUUGCUCCACUAUAUUUUAUUCCAAAAAAGCCAUAAUAUUUUUUCUCCUUUCUCAUUGUCAAAGUCGGAAUUCCUCCUCGGGGAAUCGUUAAAACACGGCCGAUUCCUCUGCGUUCCAAAAAAGGGCAAACUGAGGAAAAAUGAAAUGGAAGCGCCUUCUCACAAAGCGCCAUUAGUUUUUUCGCUUCGAAAAAGGGAAAAAGGAGACGAUUUUGCCAUGGGUGGCCGGCGGCCAUGUCAGCGGGAGAUUCGGCCUUCGAAAAUGGCGCCUUUUUUCAAGUUUUUGGUUUCGGUUUCGAAAUUUCUCACACCUUCAUGGUGAAAAACGUAAGAUGGAGAGAAUUUCAAGGUUUCGAAAAAGGAAACUUUAUCAGUAAUGAGGAAAUUUAGUAAUUUAUCAGACAAAAAACGAUUAAUCGUAAAAUCGAGGCUUAAACAAAAUAUUUAAUCAGCCCAAUAAUUGAUUAUGAAGAUAUCAAUUUUUGAAUAUUUUUUUUUCCAGGAAGGUUUAUUAUUCCCUUCACUAUGAGCUUCAAAAAGAGGAAAUGUAGUUUUUACAAGAUUAAGGUGUUAUAAAGAUGCGAGUUUUUGAAAAUUUGUUAACGUUAUGAAAAAAAAAAGAUUCUGAAGGUGUAAAAAAUUGUAGUUCAUGAAAAAUUAUAGCUCAAGGUUCGAAAUUUUCUAUUUCAUCAGCUCUUGACGAGUUUUCUUUGACUUUGAGCCCUUUUUCACAGAAUUUGUAGUUUUUUGACAGGUAGAAGUUUUCAGGAUUGUCAGUUGGUACUUUGAAAAGAAUACUGGCCAGAAAUUGGUUUACUACCAGAAGAGAUGGAUUCUCGAAAUUUAUUUUUUUAAGGGACUACAUCAAGAUUAAUAUCUCGUUCAAAUCGACUAUAUCACUCUUUGGGAAAUUUGUUCUUUUGCUCUGAAUUUUCAAAAGACGUGACGCCUUGCUUUUAAUUGUCCCGCGGGCCGCCCAAACGCAACGAAUCGGUCUUUAUUACCGUUAUUUGCCGACAGACGAAUGUUCUGGCCGGCUGGCUGACAUCUGCUCUUCCCAAGGCCUUUGCCCUGACUUGAGCCGUUUUCGCGCAGUUUUUUUGUUGGAGGGGAUGAAGAGAAUUGAACUUAAUUGGUUCCAUUUCAGUUAAGCCGUUUUCAAGCAGUUCUUGAGAUAUAUAGAAAAAUAUAAAGCUGGUCAUUCUCAAAAAUAAAACUUGAAGUCUCCAAAAAAUCAUUGAGUCAUCAAGAAAGGGAAGUCAAAAUCGAAAAUUUACUAUUUUUUAGUUGAAAAUUCCCAAUAGAAGAGCCUAAGACCUAAUGUUUUGAAAAAUAUUUUAGUUGAGCCGUUUUCGAGCGAUUCUUGAGACGCAUGGAAAAUAUAAAGCUGGUCGUUUUCAAAGAAAAAAACUAGAAGUAUCCAAAAAACCAUUGAAUCAUCAAGGAAAGGGAAGUCGAAAUCGGAAUUUUUAAGUUUUCCAGUUGAAAUUUCACUACAGAAGAGCCCUAGAAUUUCAAGAAAACAUUAUAAUUUGACUGUUUUUGACAGGGUUGAAGGAAAUGAAAUUAAUGAAUUUUUAAAUGAAACUAAGGAUUUUCUAGUGUAGGUUACAAGAAGUGAGAUGGUUAGAGAAAAUUAGAUGACUUGUAAGUUUUGAGAUGGGUGAAUCAACUAUUAAAAGGCCUAGGAGCCCAUCUGACAUCUGCUCUUUCAAGGCCUUUCCCUUGACUUGACUUGUGUUUUCGCACAGUUUUUCUAGGGAUGAAGAAAACUAUCUUAUAAAUCAGAAAGAGAAUUGGUUCUAAUGAUGAAUUGGUUUUAAGGAAGGGUUUCGUGAGGAAAUUGAGCCACGAGCUCUGAAAUUUUUUGUGUUCAUUUAGAAUUAGUUGUCGUAAAUUCAUAUUGGGAUCAAAAAUCAAAAGAAACAACUUGCGCAUGUCCAAUCGUGCUACUUUUUUUUCAAUACAACUGUUUUUUUUUGAAUGUUAUAAAAUAAUUUUUUUCAUUGCAUACAAUGUGAUGAUACGCUGAAAAACUGAAUAAUAUUUUUGAAAUCAAUUUUUGUAUUUUUGUUAAAUAUAUCGUUUUGAACAAAAAGAAAUCGCUUUCCAGAAUGCCAUUCAAAUAUUCGGCGAGCUGGCGAGGAUGUUCGGCGAGAAAUUCACUGAAAUGGUACGGUUUCAAUUUUAAAAUUCUAAAUUUUCAAGAUUUUUUGGCGUGAAGAUGAGUCCGAAUUUUCGAAAAUUAGAAAGCGUUCAAAAAUGAGAGGACAAGCGUUCUUUUUUUCUCUGAAAGCUCUCCUGUUUGCCAGUGCUCUCUAGUUUUCGAAGAAUCCUGAAAAAAUUCAUGCUUCUGAUGCAUUUUUAUUCAGUUCCUUGUCCCGCAUCUGGUAGCCCUGUGCGAUGAUCCGAACUGGGCGGUGAGGAAAGCCGUCUGUGAAGUUUUCGUUUCUGUUGCUGAACACACUUCCUAUGAAGUUCGGAGCAACGUCCUUGCGAGAAAUUUCGUCCAUUUGAUCCAUGAUCCGUGUCGUUGGGUUGGUUUUUCUACUGAAAUAUCGCGGAUCACUUUGAAAAUAGCUUAACAAAAAAGCAACAUCACAAAUUUUCAUGAGGCUGAGAAAAACUAGCCGUCAAGAGAAGGGGCUUGUUUGCUCUAACGAUAACUUAUGUGAGGAAUAGAUAAAAACGAUUACCUAACAUUUGAUCCAUGGUUUGGGUCUGUAUUAAUUGACAAGAAAGGGUGAGAAAAAAAAAGCUGCGAAACCAAAGAGUUUGUGCGCCCCAUGGCUAAUAAUUCAGGAAAAAUUAACAAAAAAGAAAACGACAGGGAAGCGUUCAAAGAGGCUGAGAAAAAAAAGCCGUCAAGAGAAGGAGCUUGUACGCUCUAAAGAUAAUUUUGCAAUCUCAGUAAGAAUUCUCUGAAAAUCUGAUUCAUCAUCCGUGUCGUUAAGUUUUUGAAUAGAGUAGGUGGUGAAAAAUAGGUGAGAAAAAAUAGCCGCUAGCGUGAGGAGUUUGUGCGCUCUAUGGCUAAUUCUUAAAAAGAACUUUACAAAAAAAGGAGAAACCUGAAAAAAAGUAGCCGCAAACAGAAGGAGCUUGUUUGCUAUAAGGACAACUUUCAAAAACAAUGAUUUUAAAGCUCUUUUUUAAUCCAUAGAGCACAUUUUCAUAAUUUUUUCACGAAGUUUUUUCUUCUCACAGUUACUGGGGCCUCACUUUUGAAAUAUUGGAGGUUUGACGUUUUCCAGGUGACUUUCGGAUCCUUCCAACAGCUUGGUCCCUUGAUUGCGACUUUUGCCAAUCCCACGGUCACUGGGCUUGAAAUUCGAGACGGAAAGGUGAAAAUGGGUCUUUUUGAAAGACAUACGUUAUCAAAACAGUUUUUCAAUCAGAAUCUUAAGAUCUGCCUGUGCAAUGGUGAAGCGUCGUCGGCUGGUCCGACGGCGUCGAUCCCGUCGGUGGCGUCGUCGCCCGGCGCCAAACGUCUCCACGCCGCCAACCUCUCCGAGCAGUUCAGCCCUCAGGCUCUGAUCAAGCGUUAUGGUCAACUCCCGGAGGGUUUCUCAAAGCUUUUCGGAAAAGCUCAAGACCCUGACGAUCUCAGGAAUCCAUGUACCGACGUCGAUGGACGAGACUCUGCCGCCGCAGGAAGUGGCGCCGAUUUCGCCGGUCGCUCAGCAACAGUUACAUCAGGCUCGAAGGGGGGAACGAGUCAUGGAUAGGUGGGAGAUGGGGCUUGAAGUUCUUCUUCUUGCUUCUUGGAGAUCAGGUCUUAUCCUGAUAUCAGUGAUAAUCAGUAGACUGGCUUUAUUGACAUAUCUGAACUUGCACUUAGGAGGUCCGAGGUGGUUCCUACAGGGGUUAGGGCGGAAAACGAGCCCUAUAGUGGCCGAAAAAGUGAUCCCUAUAGGUGAGACCUCUUAGCCUCUAAAGCCAUAGGGGUCUUUCUAAAAUCAAGGUAGCCUCUAUAGGGGUUCAGGGCCUGACCCCUCUUAAAGAUCAAGUGGACCCUCUAGGGGUCUUUCAAUUUUAUUCAAUGGACGCUUAUUCAUUCAGUUUAGGAAGAAAAAUAUUGGCUAAAAUGUCCCCUAAAGAGGUCACUAACUAAAACCUCUAUAAGGGCCACUUCUGCAAGCUUUAGUGGCCUCUAAAGGCAAAGUGGACCCUAGAGGGGACUCCCCAAGCGCACCUAAAGUUGCCCCUGUAGGGACCACUCUGGAGAUCCUAAGUUUUUUACGACGGGAUUUACCCAUUUCUCAAGUCCCUUGGUUGCGCCGCGGCGGGGAUCGAACCUAUGACCCUUUGGACCGUAAACAGGCACACAACCUGUUGCGCUACGGUGCACCGUCCUUUAAAAUCUGUUUCAAUGAAACAGAAAAAUUCACAAAACCUCCGCCCCCUUUCUUAUCACAGAUAAUGGAUGUAAAAACAAAACAUUGCUUUUCUUUUUCAAUUUUUCAUCCUUGUAACGUUGUCGCGUCCAUAGUUUUUCGCAAUUCUUAUCUUUUGAUUCCUAGGUUUGAGAGUUUCUGGAGCAAUCUUUUUUUUGGUCUAAAAGAAGACUUUUCCUUUUCUUAAAAAAUAUAUUGAGAUUGUUAAAACUGAACAGAAAGUUGACCUGCAAAAAUAUCGAAUUUUCUAUAGUCAGGCUGAAAAUUCACCUACAUGGGCGUUCUAAAAACACUUUUCGGGAAAUUUGGAAAAGUUGUUCAAACCUACUGCCUGGCUUGGGAAUUUGUUCCUCAAUUUCAGCGUCCUGUCCGGUCUGAACAAGAUGCUCAACACCUGGGAGAAGGCGUCGCCAAAAAGAUCGCCUCUUUCUCUAUUUUCGACCGAUAGAUCUCUAUCCGACUCCCCAAAAAUGUGAAUUUUCGUAGGAUUUUUGUGGAAAUAUCCUGAAUUUCUUCCAGCCAAUCCAACGCGGCGCCUUUUGACCUUCCUUCGCCGAAUCACAGCAUCGCCGCCAAAUGCAGCUCUACGGAUGAUCUGUCGAAGUUGGGACUGGAAGUUGGGCCGGAGAAGAAGGCGAACGACGAGUUGAGCGACGACGAAGACGACGGCGCCGAUUUGGACGUGUCAUUUUUCGAAGCCGAACCGUCGGCGACGGAUGAUGAGACUCAGGGGUCCAAAGCGUCUAGUGAGGUGAGAGUGGGAGAUUUUUAGGGCCCUAGAGGGUUCACUUGAGGGAGACACUUCUUGAAAGGAAGACCUUAAGUAACCACUUGAGACGUUCAGUGAGGUGUGGAUGGGAGAAAUUGAAAAAAAAAAACUCUGGAGGGGUCACUUAAAGGGAUGAAACUUUAAGUAAAGUAAAAUUUUUGAAUACUCCAUGAUAUAAUUAGACACUCAAAAAAAACAUCACUUGAGUGUCCACUUGAGAAGUCAAGUUAGAGGUGGUUAGAAGGUUUUGAAUACUAGAGGGGUCACUUGCAAUUUAAAAUGUCACUAGUUAGAAGGAAUUUCCUUUAAGUAACCGCUUGAGAAGUCCAGUGAAGUGUGGCUGGAUGGUUUAGAGGAUUCUAGAGUGACCCCUUAAGGGAAAAGUUUUAAAAGACCACUAGAAAAUAGGAAAAUCUUAAGUGAUCACUUGAGAAGUCCAGUGGGGUGUGGGUGGAAGGGCUUGAGGACUCUAGAGUGGUCACUUUAGGGAUAUAUCUCUUGCAAGAGCAGUUAAAGAAAUAAUAUCCUUUAAAUAACCACUUGAGAAGUUCAGUGAGGUGUGAAUAGAAACUUUGAGGGAUCUAAAGUGAUCCCUUGAGAUGAAAAGUUCAAAGACACCACUAGAAAAUAGGAAAAUCUUGAGUGAUCACUUGAGAAGUCCAGUGAGGUGUAGAUUGAAGAUUAUUUGAUCUCUAUAGUGAUCACUUGAGAUUAGAAGUUCAAAAACACCAUUAGAAAAUGGGAAAAUCUUGAGUGAUCACUUGAGAAGUCCAGUGAGGUGUAGGCUGAAGUUUUUGAAAACAACUAGAGUAAUCACUUGAGGAAGAUCUCUCUUGCAGAAGCAGUUGGAGAAAUAAUAUCCUUUAAGUAACCACUUGAAAAUAGUGAGUUGAGUGAAUAGCUGAUAGUAAGAAUAUACACCGAAAAAGAAAAACCCUUGAGUAACCACUUGAAAAAUCCUGAUGACUUAAAAUUUCAGGAGGAAAAUGCGCCAAAAAAUCCGCUGUCCUACUGGUCGGCCGAUUGCGAUAUCGAGUAAGUUUAAAGGAUUUUUUUUAAAGUUUUCGGACAGUUUGAAAAUAUAACUGACUUCUGACACCCAGCCAUGGAGCAGAAUUGCUUUUUUCAAAUUUCGAAUUUUUUGCAUGCUUUGAACUCAUUGGAACAUAAGAGGACCGAAGUGAAAUUCAGUUUCGACGACGAGGAAGAGCUUCGGCCUUUCGGAACCUCGACGACGUCGCCUUCCGCUGGAAUCUACCUCGAAGAUCGGUUCGACGUCAUCCGCCAGCCGAGAAGCCGUUCUUCGAGCUUCGGAGCAAUGGGUUCGCCCAACAAAAUCUCGCCGAGAAGGUGAAAAGUUUGACCUUUUUGUCCAACUUGUUAAUGAUCAAUCGGUCAAGUUUUAAACUGUCAAUGUGUUUUUUUCAGGGGGGUUUAAGAAUCAAUCGAUCAGCUUUAAAAUUGGAAAUUAGUUCUUUUUUUAAGGAUGUUUUACUGGGUAGACGAGUAUAGUAAACCUAGAACAUUUUUUUAAUUUCUGAUUUUGAUUAGAGCUAAGCAGCGAUUUUCGAGUUUUGAAAUAAGAGUCGAGUAGUUUUGAAAUUGCUAAAUAGCUCUUUCUCGGCGAAAAAAGUUGAAGAUUUCAGUUGAAAAAAGAAUUUUUCAUUUUCAUUAUAAAGCUUUCACAGCCUCCACAAUGUCUUUUUCUAACGGAUAAAGAAAUUUUCUCUGGGGUGAAAAUUUUUAAUUUUAAUGAUCUUUGAAAGAAGAAUAAGCUCUAACCAUACAUGGGCAGACCAAUUUUGAAGGCCGGAAAGCCCUCCUCCCGGGUUUUCCUGAACUAAGGUCAUUAAAAAAUUCUUGAAACCUUAUUUUCUUUUUUUGUUAUCAUCUUCCAGGGGUUGAAACCUAUUUUUAUACCUUAUUCUUUAAUAUUCUCGUAAGUCGCCUUGUUCUCCCUGACUAAAUGAGCAUACUUGCCCGUUUAUAGCCAUUAAAAAGCGAAACUCGACGGUUUCCGUAAAGAAUUAUACUGAUAAAUUAAUUCAAAAAAAUUUUUGUUAUCCAAUAUUUUUCAUAUAAUUGGGCUGAAAUCGUACAAUCCGAAAGUUUUUCCCAAAAUAUUUUUGCCACGAAAUUUUCGCGAAGAAAAAGUUGAGAGCGGAGGAAAAUCCUGACAUUAUCAGAAAUAGAUUUUAUCUGUAACAUUUUGUUUUCUUUCGCUCGGCCUUUUGGCCUGAAAGAUUUGUUGAGCUGAUAUUUUGAACGUUUGAUACGAUUUUCUUUUUUAUCAGGAAAAUUGUCUGGGAAUCAGUUUUUCUUAUUUUCUUUUGAGUUUAUUUAUUAUUUUGGUUUUUUGAUAGUUUUUCUUAGCGAUAUUCUUCCACUAGAGCGGAGAUAAGAACGAUAAAUUGAAGAGAUUUUAGUUUGGUUGGAAAAAAAAAGAAUGAUGAUCUUAGAAGCGCACUUAAUGAAACGGAGCAGAAAAUUUGAAGAAUUUCAGUGUGGGAAAAUUGUCGUGAAAAGGGGCAUUUUAACGCUUUUUGAACCCCCCAAAAUCGAUAAAAAACUGCUGGUCCGUCACAGAACAAACAUGAGAAAGUUAUUCUAUUCAGCUGAAAAUUAUUAGAUUUGAAAAUCGAUUUCCUUAUUCACUGAUUCUUUAAAAAAUAGUGGAACUAACGUAUUUAUUUUCUUAACUUCCUCACCUUUUUUGUGAUUUUUGGAACCGUGUGAAUGAAAGAAUAUUUUUACUGAUUCGUUACAAUCCAGAGUGGUCCCUAUAGGGGCCGAAGAAGUGGUCCUAAUAAGGGGUAAUAUAGGGGUCGAAAGAGUAAGCGUUUUUUUUGGUAAUGCUUCUUUGCUUAGAGCUCAUUAUCGAAUAGAAUGUCCCUUAUAGGGUCCACUUACUGAAACCCCUAUAGGGACCACUUUUGUAAACUUUAGAGGCCCCUAUAGGAGUUGGUAAAGUGACCCCUAGAGGGGACCCUCCAAGCGCCCCUAAGGUUGCCCCUAUAGGGACGACUUUGGAGUUCUUAAGAACUUUUCAAAUUUUUUUGAACACGUUUUGAAUAUUUUCUCUUUCUGUUCAUUUGAAAAAAAGCCGUUUUUUUUAUUUAUAUAGCAAUAAAUCAUUUACUUAUCUCUUCAAUGUCCUCUCAAAAAAAAAAAUGAAAAAUAGAAUUGUCUGAGCGAUUUUUUGAAAUUUUGAACUAUUCGAACAGGUUUUGGCUACUUUUUUUGUAAUAUCUCGAAAUAUAAGCCGUUUUUUCAAUUCGUAAUUGAAUAGUUCAUACAAAAGCCCUUCGAACAUCAAGCCAACUAUCAUUCUUAUUCAUUUCUAGACACACGAACAGCGUCGGAGCCUCGAUGAAGUUUGGCCUGACGUCGCCGAAGACGUCGUCGUCGUCGUCGUCGCUUUCGCCGCCGUACAACCUUCAGUCGCUGCCGCCACUCCAAGGCCGGCCGCCGACGUCGGCGAAUUCGACGCCGAAAAGGACGCGAAAACGGUCGGAGAGCGACAUGGACGUCGACGACGAGGCUCCGCUUGACAACACUCUCGACGUGCUUCUCGGCUCCGGAAUGGAUGGGAUUUCCACACCGGUUCAGGUAUAGCUGAUUCACGGCUGGUUUGAGCCAUCGAGAAAAGGGUCCUGCCAUGAAAAGAGACGAGACAGUGCCCUCGUUGGUAGAGAGUGCAGACAGGCCACGCCUUUUUGCGUCCCAAGCUAGCCGUGAAUCGUCUAUAAAUCGCGUCAGAAAACUUGAAAUUUCGAUGACUUUUUCUAAAUUUUAGUCAGAGAAGACGGUCAUAAAUGUCUAGUUUGAUCCCAAAAUAUUAGCUUUAUUGGGUUACAAUUACAAGGAAAAAGCUUCGAGUGUGUUCCGGAUGAGCUUCUCCUGAAAGUGGAGAAAUUAUUUAGGCCUAAAAACUGUUCAAUAUUUCAUUUGUCUGAAGAAGAAGCCUAUUGAAACGAUUUCAGACAAAAUAAUAUAGCAAAAAAUCUUUCAAUCUUGUUUAAAAAAUCAAAAAAUUGGUGUUUUCUAUACGCAUUCCUACCAUUGUUAUGAAUGAACUAUAAAAUUUUAAUCAAACAGAUUUUUUUUAUUUAUCCAUAAGUUUCCUGUUCCUCCUUCAAAGAGGCUUAAAAAUUAACAGAUAUGGUCAUAGGACUCAUAAGUUUUGAAACAAAGACGUUGGACCUAAAUUUGAGUGAAAAAAGGAGAAAUUUGGUCACUCUCCACUGUAUCCAAUCUCCAAAAAUUAUGAGUUUUUCGUUUUUUCUUCACAAAAUUGAACCUUUCCUUGUUUUAAAGUUGAGAGAAAAGAGUAUAUUCUAUAAAUGGAGAAAAAAAGUGUAUUCUCCAUUCAAAAAAAUCACAUUGGUCACGUUUUUCCUUUUUUUCACAGGAAACUGAGGGAAAAACGACGUGGAAAUGGAGGACGUCAGCGAAAAAGGGCCGUUCUUCGUCAAAAACAUGUUCGUAGUGGACCUUUUUUUCAUUUAUUUUUUUAACUUGGAGAAACCCCCACGUGACUUUUUUUCCGUUGUUUCGUUGGUACCCCACCCCUUUUUUUGACAACUGGGACAAAAAAAGCUGUUUUUUUGGCCAUUUGAACUGGUCGAGCGUAAAUAUUUACUAUUUACUCGUGACGAACGGCGUGAGAAAAAAAAAAAGCGCGCGGCUUGUUUAUGUUUUUUGUUUUUUUGUUGACGGGUUGUGUCAUCUUUUGCGUUAGGAUGUGAAUCGAAAUUUUCAAUUUUGAGCUCGUUUUGCCCUUUUUUAGAUUUUUGUAAGUUUUUGGAUUAUCUAUGGUCCAUUUCUGAGAAAAACCAUUCCAAAUGCGACACCCUGAGAUUUUUUUUUUGAUUUUGAUUCCUAAUUCCUGCUUUUUUCCGGAAUUUUUCAGUGCUCUGCAACUUGAAAAAGUUCAUUUUUGAGAAAUGAGCCAUUCCAAAUGCGACCAAUUUUAAAGAUUCAAAGACUUUUUUGUGCUGCUAAGGUAUCUAGGAUCAUUUUAUUAUAGUUGUACAAAAAUGAAACUAAAAAGCCUGAUUCCGUCGAAUGACGCACUUGAAUUAGCUUGAAGUGUAGCGGCUGCAACCGACCUAAAACGGUUUGCGCUCGUGGUCAUUUAGAUAGGGUAGCCAAGUUUCAAGCCAUUCACUGGUUGACCCCAGAUUUUCAAGUCUAACUUUUCUAGAAAACUUUUUUCUCAACUUUUUGGAGGUCCACCAAAAUUGGCUACUCCUUGAUGUAGCAGAAGAAGAUUCUGGGAGUCCCAACUGGCCCAACUUUCUAGUUUUUGAUAAAUAAGGUCUGAAGCUUCGAAAAUGGUGUAUUUUAACGAACUUUAAGAGUUUUCCUUUGCUGUCUUUUCUCAAAAACUAGGGAGAUUUUCAGGAAAACUAGGGAGAUUUUCAGAGACUCUUCUGGUACAUCAAAGAGUUUCAUAGCCAAUUUUUAGAAAACUCCCAAUCUCAGAGUAAAAUCACCUUCCUUGUCACCCGAUUUUCGGUCUUUUUCGAAAAAAUGAACCGUUCCAGGUGCCCCACGAGCUCGUCGACUGUUUCAUGAGCAUCUUGGCCCCGCCCAGCGACAAUAACUACGAGACGGAGGUCUACCGCUACUGUGCUCACAAUUUCCCGGCGGUCGCCUUCACUUUGGGCCGAGAUGCCUGGCCGCAGCUCAAGAAGGUCUACGAGAACUUGGCCUUUGACGAUGAGGUUGGUUUGAGAAGAAAAGGGAAAAAUAAUUCAGUGAUAUGUGAAAUUUUCCAAUAGUAAGGGUUAAGGCGCAGUCAAGAAGGUUUAAAUUCGGAAGAAAAGAAAUAUUUUGCUCCGUGAGCUUUUUGAAAAGUUUCUGCUGUUCUUCAAGUCCGUUGGCGGGUACAAAAACCUCAAAUAUACAAUUAAAAAGUGAAAGACUAAAAAUUUGAGGUCAAACCUUCCCUUUGACGGUAGACAUUUCAAGUGCUUCUCCGUAUCGAGCUUUCGGACCUCUGCAUGUGCCUUUAAAGGAGCAUAUCAUGAAAAACUUUUGUUUUCGGUUCCUUGUAUGCGCCUUUAAAAAGCAUACUUUGCGAAAAAAUUUCGAUGCUCUGUAUUGACUUUUAAAUGAGCGAACUGUGCAAUUAUUUUUCUUAUUUUGGAUAUCUUCGUGUGCCUUUAAAGGAUCAUACCAUCCAAAUAUUUUGUUUGGGAUUUCCUGUAUGCGCCUUUAAAGGAGCAUACUUUUCAAAAAUGUGCCUCAAGCUGUUGUUGAAGUGUUCUUGUUUUUGGAGAUUAAAGAGUAAGUUUUUUUGAAAAUAAAAUGGCCAAAUUUCCUGUAAAAAAGGUCCUGACACGAAAAAGUUGAGAAUUUCAAGAGUUUUCUCUAUAAAAUUGAAUGUAAAUGACAUUUUGCCAUGAAUAUUCUCAGAUCCGUGUCCGCUCUUCUAUUGCUCAUUCUAUCCACGAAAUCGCCUUCAUCGUUGGCUCCGAAAUUGCUGACCGAGAUCUUCUUCCAGUCUUUUGUACCCUGAGGUAGAAAAAAAGCGAACUUUUCGAAAAGUUAUGAUUUUCUCCAGAAGCGACGAUUCGCUGGACGUUCGAACGGGUAUUUUGCGGCAUCUCUAUGAUUUUGUUAAGGUGAAUAUUUUUGAGAUAUCCUUAGAAUUGAAGGUUUUUAGUGUCUUUCACCGGAAAAACGAAAUGAAAUCAUUCAAAUGCUGCCUCAAUUUUUCCCGAUCGGAACUCAACGUGUGCAGCAUGGUGACUGGCGAUCUCGUCAUGAAUUGAUCUCGUUCGUUUUCUUUUUUUUCCAGUGGAAUUUUUCAGGUAGGUUUCACAAAAAAAACACCUUGAAGUAUUACUACGCUGUCUCUGUAGUUCUCAAAAUCAACGUGUAGAGGAAAAAAAACAUUUUUUUGAUUUGAAUGAAAUUUCAACCAGUGCUAUCAUAUGACGUCAGGUUACACGGUUUUUCAAGCCAUUUCCUCCAACCGUAACCGGGUUACGGUAGAACGAAAUGGCUUAAAACCCGGUUACGGUAGGCAAGUUUGUCACCUGUGUAUCUAAGAAUUGACGAGUUUUUUCUAGGCACGUUGUAUAUUAAUCGAUAGGUAAUGCAAUUCAAGGAAUUUUCCCAGUACUUACCAUCUUGGGUUACUGUGGAAAUUUUCGAGAUACGGAAUUUUUUGUGUUCGAGAUUUCGGUUUUUGAUUAAAAUCAUAAAUUUUCAGGCAACUGACUCAGCUUUGCUCACUUUAUGACGUCAAGCAAAUCAACAAUCACAUGUCGGGAAUCGCCUUGACACUGGCUAAUGGUGAUUUUUUCGAGUUUUCUACAGAAAAUUAGAUAUUUUUUCUUAUUGAUUCAUUUUAAAAAAAAGUCAAUUUUUAGCAUUAAAAACUGUCAUUCCGCGAAAAUAUUAGAUCGAAAAAUGAGCUUAAAGGACAACUUUGUGACCUUACUUGGGAAUUGAAGCAGAAGAAAUUGUGAAAAUCGGCCGAAUUUCGUACUUUCAACCAGAAAUUUGAGGAAUCUUGUUUCAAUCUUGUAUAUUACGACAACAUCCUUAGAAGGGGGGUCUUUGAACUUUAGCGAUACCAUACAUGGGAUAGUCUCGGUGGGACCUGAGAAAGGCGGGUCGACUUGGCAAUAAAACGAGAAAAAAAGGGGGAGAGAGGCAGUCAUGCUCAUCCCAUUCAUGAGUGAUUCUGAAAUUAUUACCAAAGGUAUUGAAAGUAGAUUCUGAAUGGAUGAACCUAAAAGUCGGCUAGUUCUGGAAAAGGAGCCAAAAGAAACCCAUUUUUAUCUGUUCAAAGAAGUUUUCUGAAAUUGCGAACUAUUUUCAUUCAAAAAGAAGCAGAUGUGUAGGUUAAGGAUACACCAGAACGAAUUUUGGUCAACUUUUAGAAUUUUCCUAGGAGCUGAGUAAAAUAAUGAAACCGCAGAAAAGUUACGAAAAAAAUUUUUUGCUUACAACUUUUCUGUAUGGAAUUUAGUCUUUUUGAAAUUCUAUAAACUGCGUUUUUUCGGCGAACUGAAAUCACGGCGUUUUUUUUCGGCGACGGCCCGCCCCUAUUUUUUCCGUAAAGUGUAGUGUGUCGUGUGCACACACUGCGGCGCUCUGGCACCCGCCGCGUUCAAUGUAAUUUUCGCGAACCGAAGUUAAGUUAUGAUUUUCACUCUCUGGUGGCUAUUCUGAGUUUCGCGUGAUUAAUUUCAACGCGGCAUGUGUUUUAAAACUGCAAAAAAAAACAGAAAAAUCUUCUUUUUUAAAAUGAGAAAUAGAUUCGUCUCGGGACCCAUUGAUGCGUCUUUAAUAUUUCCUGUUGUUUACGCGUUUUUUCCCAGGACGUCACAUGGGAUCGGCGGUGAUUUUGAUCACGCCUCCUUAAUUUUUGGUUUUGCAUUAUCUUCCACUAACAAAAACGCCGUGAAAUUGCACCAGAGUGUUACAAAUAGCAGUCAUCACAACUCCUGAGUGAUUCAGAGAGAUUAAAUUCCAAAGUUGUGAUCAAAAAAUAAUUUUUUGGAUCUUUUCUAACGGAACUUGGCCUUCGGAGAAGUUCACAAGACUUAUUGAUGGAUCCAGUUUUUUUUAGUAUAAAAUUUCAAUUUCUAGACCGAGUGGCGGAAGUUCGAAUGGAGGCGGUGAUGCUGGUCUCCCGAAUAGUCGGAGCUUUGAUCGAGCACGAAUGGAACACGGCGACGUCGAACGGAGACUUUGACCGAUCCAAGGCGCCGCUGUCGGUCUGGUUCGUCGAAGACAUCGUCUCCAGCUUCGCCGAGACCCAGAAAUGGACCCGAAGACAGACGUUCGCUUCCCCUCCUCCAGCUCCAUACCAGAAUGUUUCCACCUUCAGAUUCGCCUCGAUCUGCGCCCAAGUCAUCAAGGAGAAAAUGUGCAACGUUCAUCAGUUCCAGGUCUUCUUCCUGAAGCACUUGGAGCGGCUCAUCAAUGACAGUGAGUUGUACUGAAGCGGCUCCUGAGAUACUUGAGUAGGAUUGAGGUCUUUGAAAAGGUUUUUAGAACGUGUUAAGGUUCUUAAGAGAGAUUUUCAUACUGAAAAGAGGUUCCUAGGAUCCUAGGGAGAUUUUGAGGUUUUGAAAAGGUUCCUUAGUUACUAGACAAUUUUAAGGAUUGACAAAGGUUUUCGAGGUUCUAAGAAUAGUUCUAGAAGGUUUCCAAGACCCUAGGGAGCGUUCAAGAUUAGGAGACGGUUCUUAAGGUAAAUUUAAGGCCUUGAGAAGGUUCCUAAGAUCUUAGGAUGAUUUUUAGAUUUUUAAAGUGGUCCUGAGAAUCUUAGUGAAAUUUCGAGAACGUUCCUUAGUUUCUAGACGCUUUUUAAGUUUUUGAAAAAGGUUUUUAAGAUGCUAGGGUAAAUUUGAUAGUUCGAGAAGGUUUCCAAGACCCUAGGAGCUUUCAAGAUUAGAAGAAGGUUCCUAAGGACUUUUUAAGGCUUUAAGAAGGUUCCUAAGAUCUAAGGAUGAUUUUUAGAUUUUUAAAGUGCUCCUGAGAUCUGAGUGAGAUUUCGAGAAGGUUCCUUAGUUUCUAGACGCUUUUUAAGUUUUUGAAAAAGGUUUUUGAGAUGCUAGGAUGAUUUUAAUGAUUUGAGAAGGGUUUCAAGACCCUAGGAGCGUUCUUAAGGUCUUUUUUAGGUCUUGAGAAGGUUCCUAAGAUCUUAGGAUGACUGUCAGAUUUUCAAAGUGCUCCUGAGAUCUUAGUGAGAUUUUCAGAUCUUGAGAAGGUUUCCUGAGACUUUAGAAAGGUUCUCAAGAUCCUGAAGAGAUUUUGAGAUUUAGAGAAGGUAUCUCACUUUUUUGGGGCCUGAAGAGGUUUUUUUGUAAGUUUGACUAUGAAAUUAUUGACAUGAAACGAGAAUUUUUUGUAAGUUUUUUUUUCUAGAAGUCCCCAACGUUCGAUUGGCUGUUUGUGAGGCGUUGGCGUGCUGGAAACGAUGCCUCGAAACGGCAAACUCGAGUGACGUCACCGCGGAGACGAUUCAGAAUCUUAAACUCGACGUCGCUUCGAAUCUGGAGACUUUUGCCAAUGAUAACGACAUUGACGUCACUUAUCUAGCGCAGAGAUGUGAAGGCAUUGUUAAGAGCUCGGAGGUGAAUAAAUUAGAUUUUUUAUCUUUGAGUUUUUAGUGAAACUUCAAGCUUCUCCUAUUAAAUUUGCUGGAAACGAGUUAAAAUAUUCCAGCCGAUGAACAUCGUGGUCCGCACCAAGAAGAUGCACCAACGCGAGGAGCAGCACUUCGGCAACCGCUACGUCUUCAACGAAACCGGCACCUACGCCGUCCAACGCGACGGCGCCACCGUCGACGUCAGCCCCACGGAACCGCCGAAAGAGCCGCCGCCGUCGCCGAGCCUCGCUGUUGCCGUCGUCUCCAAAGCCUUGCCGACCCUGCCUCCGCCCCAUUUCCGUCCUGAACCUCCGACGGACAUCCAGGAGAGCGUCGCUGCGGCGAGAGAGGAGGCUACUGGUGAGGAUUCGAAAUUUCGGAGCUAGAGAGCACUGGUGAACAAGAGGGCUCUGAGAAAAAGAUAAAAGCUUGCCCUCUAAUUUUUGAACGCUCUCUAACUUUCGAAGGAGGUUAAGGACGGGUUUUUGAAAUUAGAGAGCACUGGUGAACGGGAGGGCGCUGAGAGAAAGAUAAAAGGCUCGCACUCUCGUUUAUGAACGCUUUCUAGCUUGCGAAUGUGGUUGAAGUCGGAUUUUGAGAGCUAGAGAGCACUGGUUAACAAGAGGCCGCUGAGAGAAAAUGAGAUCGUUCUCUCAUUUUUGAACGCUCUCUAGCUUUCGAAAGAGGUUGAGGUCGGGUUUUCGAGGCUAGAGAGCACUGGUGAACAAGAGGGCUCUGAGAGGAAAAAACGCUUGCCCUCUCGUUUUUGAACGCCUUCUAGCUUUCGAAGAUUCGAACGUAGAUUUGAUCAUUUCGACUUGAAGAGAAAUUUCGAAACAGAAAAAUAUUUUUGUGAAAUAUCUUUAUAGAGUUAGUGCAGUACGUGUACAAUAUCUUGAUAGAAAUCUUGAAGGAACAUAGGAAAAAAAUUUGGCAUUUUUCAAAGGGCGUCCGACCCAAAACGGUUUGCGCUCAAAUGUCAGAAAAUCUACUUGAUUUUGUUCCAAGGGUUCAAACGCAAAGCGGCCGUGACCCUUUGAGCCAUUCCAAUUGCGACCAAAAAGUUUCUAGUCAAUAAAAAUUAUUGAAGUACUUUUUUCACCAAAAACUCUUGAGAAACGAAUAAUUUUACGAAAUUUUCAGUCAUCCCUCCACUGACCGGCGCCAAUCCGCCUCCAACAAAUCACCCCGAGGAAAAUGUUGUGAUCGACAUGGAAAUUGUCGAAAACCCCCAGUCGGACCAAUUCGAAAAUAUCGACGCCGACGAAUCUGAAGCUUAGGUUUUAAUCGAAAAAUCAACGCAAAGUCCUCAACUUUUUCAUUUUCCAGGUCCAAUUUCAAGCGAAUAA